UUUGCUUGUCAAGCGCUAUAAGUUUCGUUUCCCAAAUCAGGCGUGCGCGUCAAUGGUGAUUCAGAUGAGUGCAUUUUGUUCGUGGUUUGAUUCAAGAUGGCAAGACGCAUGAUGUCUCGGUUGGGCCAGUGGUCUUCUUAUAUUUUUGCAGUGGACUUCGAUAUGAAUUCUGACCCAAUCUACUUCGCCCUAGCAAGCAAGCAUAGCGAGCGGCCACAAGUGUUCAGGAAUGUCCUCGCUGAUGAAAUAUGCUACUCGCUCCAUGUCCAGAGCGAUGACAAAAUUGAAAGAGCAAAGUUUUAUGGAGGACUGAAAAACAAACUUUCAAAAGAGUUACCUCCGGAAUGUACGAUUUUGGAAAUGUCCACAUUUCAGCCUAAUGUCAAAGAUUCUGUCAUCAAAGGAUAUUUUCUAAAAGACGCAUCUAAGUCCUCAGCGACUGAACGAGUAUUAGGAGAGUUGCUUCGCAAUGACCCAGUCUAUGUAUGCUCCUACUUGUGCGAGGGAGAGGACAGACAGUGGUCGCAACACCUGUGGUCCAAUACAGAAGACGGUUGGGGGGAGGUGUUGGAGAAAUACUGCGUGGUACCUGCUGAAAAGCCAGAGCAUCAUCCUUCAACUCUCAACAUCAUCAACUAUGACGUGUUCUACAGUUUUGAGGAUGCCUACAAAGUUCUGCAACAGUGUGUUGACAUCAUCCCUGAGUCCAAGGCAGUGCUGGAGCUUGUGGACCAGCGACUCAAGUCUAAGGAGAAAACAGACUUUCCUGUUAUUGUCAUAGAGGGAUUGGAUGCUACAGGUAAAACCACUCUGACUGAGUCCCUGACGGAGGCACUGGGGGCCACUCUCCUGAAGUCCCCUCCGCAGUGUCUGUCCCCAUGGAGGGCCCGCUUCGACACUGAGCCCCCCCUCAUCCGCAGGGCCUUCUAUGCCCUUGGGAAUUACCUGACAGCAGGACAGAUAGACCAGGAGGCCAGACAAGCACCUGUCAUUGUAGACAGGUACUGGCACAGCACGGCAGCCUACGCCAUUGCCACGGCGGUGGGUGGUAAGCUGGGCAACCUGCCCCAGGCUGGCAGUGAGGUGUAUGGCUGGCCGGGGGACCUCCUGAGGCCCAGCCUGGUGCUGAUGCUCAGCCUCAGCUCACAGGAGAGGAUGAGGAGACUACAGGUCAGAGGUCAGGACAAGACCAUGGAGGAGGAGGAGCUGGAGGCCAAUCACCUGUUCAGACAGAAAGUGGAGGAGGCUUACCAGCGGAUUGAGGGCCCGGCCUGCUUCACUGUGGAUGCCAGUCCUUCUCCAGACCAAGUGCUCCAACAAGUGCUACUUUUAAUUAGGGAAAAAUGCCACUUGUAAACAGCUCCUCUCCUCCUCUCCCAGUCUUGCCCCAGAUGGCUGAUAUUCCGUUGUGGUCCACUAGGUGGUAGUAGAGUGCCAUUGAUUUGACAGAGGCAGGGCUAGUGAGAAGAGGGCAGGGUGUAGUAGGGGGUCUGGACUGUGGAUAAGCCUCAUAUGGCAAAGGGCCAGUACUACACACUCGCACGCACGCACGCACACACACACACACACAGAGAUCGAGCCAAGACCCCGACCAGUGCAUGUCACAACAUGUCCUAUUCUGUAUGACUGCCAUCAGUGAGAUGAGGAGAAACGUUAUUAUGAAUGCCAUUGUGUUCUGUCAGUGGUGAUACUUAGGGAUAUGCAGCCAGACAGCCCGCGGUGACAACCAUUUUUAUUAGGCCUGAGAUUCAGGAAAUGAAAGGGAGGGUUUGUAUAUUCAUCAGUCACUUCUAUUUCAUUGAAACGUAUGGGCCAGCAGCUAACUCUACAUUUUCCUUUUGAAGUCGCUAUAUGGACCGAGGGAUUGAAACGCACGCAUAGAGCAAUAUGAUACAUUUCACAUUACAAUAACACUGCUCAUUUGUUUGAGUACUAUUUCAAAUUAAAGGAAACAUGUUGCAUAUA